AUGGUUGCUGCCGUCGCCCGGAUGCGCACUCCAAGUGCCAUGUUCAUGUCCCGGGGCGCUGUCUCUAUGCGGCGCCCGCAGGUUUCCUCCAAGCUUCAGGAGGUGAUCCAGACUCAAUUGCCUGCCGUCUCUGCCCUCUCCCGCUUUUACGCCUCUAAGUCAUUCCCUCCCCACACCAUUAUCAGCAUGCCAGCUCUUUCGCCGACAAUGACCGCGGGAAACAUCGGUGCGUGGCAGAAGAAGGCUGGUGACAGCCUCCAGCCCGGUGAUGUCCUGGUGGAGAUCGAGACCGACAAGGCACAGAUGGACUUCGAGUUCCAAGAGGAGGGCGUCCUCGCUAAGAUCCUGAAGGAGUCCGGAGAGAAAGAUGUUGCUGUCGGCGCGCCUAUUGCCGUUCUUGUCGAGGAAGGCGCUGACGUUUCCUCAUUCGAGGAGUUCACCUUGGAGGAUGCCGGUGGUGACAAGGCCCCUGCCCCCGCUGAGAAGAAGGAGGAGCCCAAGAGCGACGACACGUCGGCUCCGGCCCCGGCGGAGGAGCCCGCCGCUAUUGAGCCCGAGACCUCUGCUGACAAGCUCCAGCCUUCCCUUGACCGCGAGCCUCUAAUCAGCCCCGCGGCUAAGGUUCUUGCCUUGGAGAAGGGUGUCCCCAUCAAGGCUCUCAAGGGUACCGGCCGUGGUGGUGUCAUUACCAAGGAGGAUGUUGAGAAGUACCAGCCCAGCACCUCUGCCGCUGCUGGACCUACCUACGAGGACAUCCCAAUUUCUGGCAUGCGCAAGGUCAUUGCCAACCGUCUCAAGCAGUCCAUGACCGAGAACCCUCAUUACUUUGUCUCCGCCACUCUGUCCGUCAGCAAGCUCUUGAAGCUGCGCCAGGCUCUGAACGCCUCUGCUGAGGGCAAGUACAAGCUCUCUGUCAACGACUUCCUUAUCAAGGCCUGUGCUGCUGCCCUUCUGAAGGUUCCCCAGGUCAACUCCAGCUGGAUUGAGGAGAACGGCCAGGCUGUCAUCCGCCAGCACAACACCGCUGACAUCAGCGUUGCCGUCGCCACCCCUACCGGUCUGAUCACCCCCGUCGUCAAGAACGCCCACGCCCUGGGUCUUUCCAGCAUCUCUAACCAGGUUCGGGACCUUGGCAAGCGUGCCCGUGAGAACAAGCUCAAGCCUGAGGAGUACCAGGGUGGUACUUUCACCAUCAGCAACAUGGGCAUGAACCCUGCCGUUGAGCGCUUCACCGCUGUCAUUAACCCUCCCCAGGCUGGUAUCCUCGCCGUCGGCACUGUUCGCAAGGUUGCCGUCCCGGUCGAGACCGAGGAGGGCACUGUUACCGAGUGGGAGGACCAGAUCGUGGUAACUGGCAGCUUCGACCACAAGGUUGUGGACGGUGCAGUUGGAGGUGAAUGGAUCAAGGAGCUGAAGAAGAUUGUUGAGAACCCUCUCGAGCUUUUGCUCUAA